AUGAACUUCGAAGACGAUUUUGGUAAUUGGAGCGUACAAAAAGUUAAUCAGGUUGUUUCACUUCAACGCCGCUGUAACGAUACCAGUAGCUGUUGCAAUUUUGACAGUAAAAAAAAGGGUAAUGCUAGUACAAUCUCUCUUGACCAAGAUGAUUCGCUAAAUUAUAUCAACAAAUUAGAAAAAAAGUUAGAGAAAAUCAAAUACAGUGAUACGAGACGCCGUGGUAAUUUGAGCCAAGAAUUACUUCAUAGUUUACAAGAAAUGAAGGAAGCUCAGUUUAAGGCAAUGAUGGCGGAUGAUUUAAAUAUAUCAACAAGUCAAGCUAAUACACGGCCAUUUGUCAGUGAUGAUCCACUGUCUAGAGGAAAUUACGGUUGUUGCUUUACUAUUGUAUAUGCAAGACUAUAUCCAGAAAGACAAGCAGUGUCUAACAUUGAAGUAGACUGUUUACUAGAUCAUGACGAAGUCGACGAACAAUACAAGGAAACUUACAUUGUUAAAAGUUCUUAA